GCGUGCUUUGCUUGGUUCACCACACGAGUGGUUUCCUUCGUCUACCCCCCGCUUAGUUUACUUGAGGAGUUACUUGGGUGGCCGCGAGCUACGUGAGUCUUCUAUGACUAACGCCCGAACCAGUUAACCUGACUCCCUUGUCGACCCGGCUUCCUAUUCCAUACUUGUGUCUGUGAAAGGUCCUGUGCGUGGAUGCCGGCCACUUGAAAGGUGACUGGAACGGGAUGAUGCUGGUCGCGACGGGCAUGGACGCCGACAACAGGUUGAUGCACGUGGCGACGGGCAUCUGCGACAAGGAGAACGCCGACAACUACUCGUGGUUCUACAGGAUGAUGAAGAACAACGCGGAGAUGGCGAAGGUACUCAACAGCCCGAAGACCACCCUGUUCACCGACAAGCACCUGUCGCACGAACCUGCCAUCAGGGUCCACGCGUCCAAACCUGUGUGGAGGUGGUGCCUUCGGCAUGUAAUCCGGAGACUUCCCGAGGCCCCUGGCUCGAUUGUGACCGGCUUUCUCUACCACGCCGCCAGGGCGCCAACCCUCAAGAAGUUCAUGGACAUCAUGGACUCCAACGUCAAGCCCUUCAAGCCGAAGGUCUACGACGCUCUUGUGGCCCCCGCGGACAAGCACGGGAACCCUUCGAAACAACAAAGUGAACUUGUGAAGUGGACGCACCACGCCGGACCACCCGACACAGCCAUCGGUUCAGUCGUGUCGUCCAACGCGGCCGAGCAAAACAUGGCCAUGGUUGGCCUGGAGGGGAGGAAGUUGCCGCCCUUCGGCAUGAUGGAGUACAUCCUUGACAAGACCGCAGCGCAUAUGGCAGAGAGGGCUGAACUUCGCGACGGCACCUCGGAGAAGUUUACGCCUCACGCCGCGAAGGAGUACGGGGCUCAGCGCAAGAAGUCCAGCAACCUACACUCCAGCGCCACCGGGAAUUGCAACUUCACUGUUCGCAAACGAGGCAGCCAAUACGGCAACCGAGUGAGGCUGGAAUUCGGCGGCACAGAUGGCGGGGUGACUCUCAUGAGCUGCACUUGCGGCUUCACGACUCGAUUCAAGAUCCCGUGCUGCGACAUCAUCGCUGUCGGGCGAGUGUUGAACAAGUCUGACGAGGUCAUGGCAAGCAUCGACCCGGCCUACCACCUGGACACGUACCGUGCCCUGUACGGGGACAGCCGGUUCGAGGUGCAGCUGCCCGUUCUGGACGAACUGACGGUUGACCCGGACAUUCUGCCUCCGCGCUGGGUGCCCAACCAGGCUGGCCGCCCCAAGGGAAAAGGACCCCAAAGCACGAAGAGGAUCCCAUCCAGGGGAGAGCACGCUUCGUCGUCCUCUUACAAUGUCCGCCUGACGCCCACUCCCAGUACGAGAGCGCCCGCCCUGUCUCAGGGCGCGCCCGCCGCGUCGCAGGGAGCGGCCACCCUGUCUCAGGGAGCACCCGUCCUGUCUCAGGGAGCGCCCGCCCCGUCGCAGGGCGGCGUGCAGUCUAGUGUUGUCUCUAUUGACUAGAUGAGUAACUAGUACCUCGUGCUUCGUGAUGUCGGAGUGCGCUGUUUUCGACCGCUAUCUUUAUGAACGGUGUUGUCUCCGUUGACUAG